CAAUACAGGUGUCUGUUUGUACACAUCUCUAAGUGGAAGAGAAAAAAGGUGGCAAUUCUCUCAUCCAGCCCUCAUGGCUUCAACUAUAAAUAUGUGAUUUCAUAUGUGAACUUCCCAUCCCCAAAAUCUUUCCCUUAUUCAUCAUCUUCUAAGAUAAUAGAUCUUAUUAAGAAUAAGAAAUGGGUUUUGCAGCUAAGACCUAUUGCUCUCUUCUCUAUGUCAUGGUGCUUUUGCCUCUAGUUUGUUACUCCCAGGAUGCUUAUGUGUGCUCUAGAGCAACCUAUUAUGGUAGCCCUGAUUGCUUAGGGACUCCAACUGGAGCCUGUGGGUUUGGUGAAUAUGGAAGAACUGUCUAUGAUGGAGGCGUGAGCGGGGUUUCUAGGCUGUUCAGGAAUGGAACUGGCUGUGGUGCAUGCUAUCAGGUUAGGUGCAAAGUACCACAACUUUGCACUGAAGAUGGAGUGAGGGUAGUGGUGACAGACUAUGGUGAAGGGGACAAGACUGACUUCAUCCUAAGCACUCGCGCCUACUCAAGAUUGGCACGUCCCAAUGCAGCCUUGGAUUUGUUUGCCUAUGGCGUGGUUGACAUAGAAUACCGGAGAAUUCCUUGCCAGUAUCCAGGUUACAACCUCAUGGUCAAGGUUCAUGAGCACAGCAGGUUCCCUGAGUACCUAGCCUUAGUCAUGUUGUACCAAGCUGGCCAAAAUGACAUCACUGCCACAGAAGUGUGGCAGGUACAGUCUUCUAACAAAUUUGAUGAACUGGGCGGAUUGCCAGCAAUGGAGGGGUAUGUGAAAGGCCUACGGUGCAGUAUGGGACAUGGCUAACCCACCAGCAGGGGCACUUAACUUCAGGGUCCAAGUAAGUGGCAGUGCAGGGUUGAAGUGGGUGCAGCUGAGUAGUGUGAUUCCUAGUGAAUGGAAAGCUGGGGCUGUUUAUGACACAACCAUUCAGCUUACUUAAGCCCUAUUAAACUCCUAAUCCCAAUGAAGACAAAUAUAUCUCAGUAUAUGCAGAGUAGGAGCUGCUUAUUAAUUAUUUCCUAGUAGUUUUGAUUAAGUGAUUAAAGUUAUGUUUGUCUAUGGUGUUAGAGCUAGUGCUCUUCACCUUUCUCAAUAAAGAAUCGGAUUGUGUACUA